AUGGACUCUGAUCCUACACCAAUCUCAGAGCCAAAGCUGCCAGUGUCAAUGUCCUCACAAACCCUCAUUCUCGCUUCAUUAUUCGUUGCAAUAAUUUCAAUCGCCAUCUUCAUUUUCGUUUCCCGAAGGAAAAGCCGAGCCAAGCGCGACCUUGUGGUGCUCAUAGGGCCUUCAAAUUCAGGAAAAACAGCUAUAUUCUCUUCUCUGGUAUAUGGUCACGCAGUUCCAACAAUUUCUUCAAUGCAAGCCAGCUCAUCUUUCCUUGAUUUACCGGGGAAAAGAGAUCCCAUCCAAAUCGUCGACGUCCCCGGUCAUCCUAGGCUUCGAGAUCAAUUCAAGGAUUUCCUAUCUUCCGCUAAAGCCCUGGCUUUUGUCGUAGAUGCAAAUACAGCGUCUCGUAACACCGCGGUCGUUGCGGAACAUCUACAUACAGUACUCGACGCAAUCAUGGCAAUACCGCCAUCACAACCUCUUCCUACCCUCCUCAUCCUUGCGCACAAAUGUGACCUCAUCAAAACUUCCUCUUUAUCUGCUGAUACAUCAGCACUCGCCGUUACGCGUGUCCAGACCAUCCUCGAGCGUGAGUUGGAAAGGAGAAAAUUGUCACAGUCUGGCGGGAUGGGUGUGGAAGCCCUUGGCGAUGAGAAUAAUAACGAAAAGUCAAAUAUGGGUGGGUUGGACUGUCGUGGACCUGGGGGAACAUUCAAAUUUGAGAAUUGGGAAGGUGGAGAGGUGGUUUUUCUUGGGACUUCCGUCCAGAGUUCACGGUCAGAUGAAAAGUCUGUCAAGGGAAGUAUUGCGCCUUUAUUGGAUUGGAUUGAAGAGAAUAUGUAG